AUGGCUGCCGUUUCCAGUAUUUAUGUCUCUUUAUUCAUAGCCUUCAUUAGUAUGGUAUCAGCUUUUUCACUUGUAGAAGCCAGGAAUGCCGGUUUUUCUGCCAGUCUCAUUCAUCGCGAUUCUUCCGUUUCUCCACUUUACAACCCGAGGGAUACUUACUUUGAUCGUUUGCGGAACUCCUUUCAUCGUUCCAUAUCGCGUGCUAAUCGUUUCAAGCCAAAUUCAAUCUCUGCGAGAGCACUAGUCCAAUCUGAUAUAGUGCCAGGCGGUGGAGAAUAUCUCAUGAGAAUUUCAAUUGGCAAUCCACAAGUUGAGAUACUUGCAAUUGCUGAUACAGGUAGUGAUCUAAUCUGGGUUCAAUGUCAGCCUUGUGAAAUGUGUUACAAGCAGAAUUCUCCUAUCUUCGAUCCUAGGCGGUCUUCAAGUUAUCGAAAUGUGUUAUGCGGGAAUGAGUUUUGCAAUAAAUUAGAUGGUGAAGCUCGAUCAUGUGAUGCCAGAGGAUUUGUCAAGACCUGCGGUUACACUUACUCUUAUGGAGAUCAAUCCUUUUCUGAUGGUCAUCUUGCCAUUGAAAGAUUUGGCAUUGGCUCCACGAAUAGCAGCACCAGUGCUGCUAUAGCUUAUUUUCAAGAAGUUGCAUUUGGCUGUGGAACAAAAAAUGGUGGCACCUUUGAUGAGUUAGGUUCUGGUAUAAUUGGCCUUGGAGGUGGUUCUAUGUCUCUUGUUUCUCAGCUAGGUCCUAAACUAAGUGGCAAAUUCUCAUACUGUUUAGUACCCACAUCAGAACAAUCAAAUUACACCAGCAAGAUUAAUUUUGGUAAUGACAUUAACAUUUCAGGUUCUAACUAUAAUGUGGUUUCUACUCCGUUGUUACCUAAAAAGCCUGAGACUUACUAUUACUUGACACUAGAGGCAAUUAGUGUUGAAAACAAGAGAUUACCUUAUACAAAUUUAUGGAAUGGUGAAGUCGAAAAGGGUAACAUUAUCAUUGAUUCAGGUACAACAUUGACGUUUCUUGAUUCUGAGUUCUUCAAUAACUUGGAUUCAGCAGUGGAAGAAGCCGUUAAGGGAGAACGCGUUAGUGAUCCACAUGGGCUGUUCAACAUCUGCUUUAAAGAUGAAAAGGCUAUUGAACUUCCAAUCAUCACUGCUCAUUUUACUGGUGCAGAUGUGGAAUUACAGCCUGUGAAUACAUUUGCCAAAGUAGAGGAAGAUUUGCUUUGUUUUACUAUGAUCCCAUCUAAUGAUAUAGCCAUUUUUGGGAACUUGGCUCAGAUGAACUUUCUGGUAGGGUAUGACCUUGAGAAAAAAGCUGUGUCUUUCUUACCUACCGACUGUACCAAACAGUAG